CGCCAACUGUACGCGCUGCGGGUAAUUGGCAAGGACGGCGCUGCGGAACCUCGGUCGACAGAGGUUAAAGUGUACAUCAAUGUGAAGGACGUGAAUGACAACCAGCCAGAGUUUGACCCCAUGUCCUACUACCGGGAGGUCAGCGAGGACGCGCUACCCGGUACUCUAGUGGUUAAUGUCAGCGCCACGGACGUGGACUCAGGGUUGAGUGGUGAGGUACGGUACAGUAUCAUCGGUGACUCCGUGCACAGUUUUGCCAUAGGACCAAUCAACGGCAGCCUGUACACCACGAGCGUGCUGGACAGGGAGUUGGUUCCUGUGUACACCGUUAUCGUCAUGGCAACAGAUCAAGCUGCCAUUGUUGGAGGCAGACUAUCAGCCACAACUACGGUGCAAGUCAAACUGGCAGACAUCAACGACAACCCGCCAGUGUUUGUCAGUCCGACACUGGUUGAGAUCAGCGAAAACGCCAAGGUAGAGUCAACAGUCUACACAGUCAUAGUAGAAGAUUUAGACGAAGGUGCCAACAGCCAAAUCUCCUUCAGGUUCCUCUCGCCCGCCAGUGUCUUCUCCAUCAACACCAGGUCGGGCGCUCUUGUUCUGACCUCAGAACUGGACAGAGAGAAAGUGUCUAACUACACACUGGCGAUCGAAGCUAGAGAUGGAGGGUCGUCUCCAAAAUCUGCCCACCAGAAUUUGACCAUACUGAUAACCGACGCCAAUGAUAAUGCCCCGGUGUUCACACAGAGCCAGUACAACGCGACUGUAGCCGAGGACGUUGAGGUGGGCCACAGCUUGAUGCGUAUCCAUGCCACUGAUCUGGAUAAAAGUCUAAACGGUGCUGUCAGGUACUUCAUCAUCGGCGGAGAGGGCAGUCAUGACUUCCAUCUAGACAUGUCCAGCGGUGUUCUUCGUGUGCAGAAGCCUCUGGAUUACGAACGGAAGAAGUCCUAUACGAUCCUGGUUCAGGCUGAGGAUAGCUCUGUAGAAAAGCCCCUUCACACAAACGCAACAGUUGUGGUUUCCGUGAUGGAUGUCAACGAUUUUGUGCCGGUGUUUGACGACUCGCCCUAUAACGCUUUUGUCCAAGAGGGCAUGAGAGAUGGGCCAGUACCCGUGAUGACCAUCACUGCCCGGGACGAAGAUUCGGGGGACAACGGGAUGGUCCAGUACAGCCUGAGAGACAUCAACAACACCAACAUGUUCGAAGCCAACAGCGUCACUGGGGAGAUAUCUGUGCUGAAGACACUAGACAGGGAGACGGUGCCAAUGUAUGUUCUGACAUUUGUGGCCAUCGACAGAG